AUGCGUUUCCUACUCUCAAGCAUCAUCGUCUGCCUCGCAGCAACCGCCCUCUACUACCACCACCAGCUGGACACCGACACCGCCACCGCCACCAUUAAGUCGACCACAACCGCCUUUUUGCAGCGCAUCAAGCUCUUUGCCAAACAGCGCGCAACAAACCCCAACAACAUGUCCACCACCACCUCGGCCGCCAGCUUCCCCGGCCUCCCCGUCGUCCCGCCCUCGGACCCGGCCCUGGCCAAGGACGCGGCCAGCCUGCAGCCGCGCAGGAUCGCCAACGUCUUCCUCGCGCGCGAGCAGGCCGAGGGCGCGGGCGCGCGCGUGCGCCGCAGCAUCGGCACGCCCCAGCUGCGCAACUUCUCGCCCUUCCUCAUGCUCGACCACUUCGCCAUCUCGCCCGGCGCCGGCUUCCCCGACCACCCCCACCGCGGCCAGGAGACCAUCACCUACCUGCUCGAGGGCGGCGUCGACCACGAGGACUUCGCCGGCAACCGCGGCACCAUCCACGCCGGCGACCUGCAGUUCAUGACGGCCGGCCGCGGCAUCGUGCACGCCGAGAUGCCCGCCGCCGCGGCGCAACCCCCCAACGCCGACGGCUCUGCUACCAGUGCCAUCAACAUCGGCCUCCAGCUGUGGGUCGACCUGCCGCGCCGCCUCAAGGCGUGCGAGCCGCGCUACCGCGACCUGCGCGCCGCCGAGAUCCCCGCCGCCACGGCCGACGCCGGCCGCGUGCGCGUCAAGGUCAUCUCGGGCCGCAGCCUCGGCGUCGACAGCGUCCAGGACCUCGCCUACACGCCCGUCUGGCUGCUCGACGUCCGAGUCCGCCCCGGCGGCCGCUUCGUCCAGCCCCUGCCCGCCGGCUUCAACGCCUUCGUCUACACCCUGUCCGGCACCGCGCGCUUCCUCAACGGCGGGGCCGUGUCAGAUGAUGACGACGCCCAGCUCGAGACCGACUCGGUCCCCGUCGGACCCUACCACAACGUCGUCUUCGAGCAGCAGGGCGACGGCGUCGUCGUGUCCGUCGCGCCCGACGCCGGGGAGGAGGCGCGCUUCAUCGUCGUCGCGGGGUUGCCGCUCGACCAGAAGAUCGUGCAGUACGGCCCGUUCGUCGUCAACAGCCAGGAGGAGGUCUACCAGGCCAUGAUGGACUACAGCACGCACACGAACGGCUUCGAGCGGGCCAAGGACUGGCAGAGCGAGAUCGGGAAGAGUAUGAUGUAG